AUGGCCGUUGAUUCAAGUGAUCAUCGGCGAGAUUUCAUCGUUAAGAUCAAUGGUGAAGAAGAAAACAAUGAGUCAAGAAGUAGCAACAAUGGCGAUGGAGGAAAGUUUUGGAGAGAAUCAAGUUAUAGUUUUUGGAACGGUGAUAAUAAAACCAGUAAAGCUGAAGAAGACGACGGAAGUUUUGAGUUUACGCGGCGGAGGAAUGAGAAAUCGACGACGGAGGAGUCACCUGAUCCACCGUCGAAGCUCAUAACUCAGUUUCUCAACAAACAAAUAGCUUCCGGUGAUGAAAUCUCUCUAGACAUGGAACCAAACAUGCCAGAGCUUCAAAGCAAUAACACGAUUCCUCCGGUACCGGUACCGGCGGUUUCCGGUUCUGCUUCACCGGCGACAGCGAUUAGACGGAGACAAAACAGAGUCACUCUGUCUCCGUCUGUUAAAGAUAGUGAUAGUAGUGAUGAGGAAAAAGGAAACAGAGUAGAUGAAUCAGAAGUUGUGAAAUGUAGCUCAAGCUGGAGGACUAAGACUUUGAUGAGGACAAAGACAAGAUCUAGAUUGAUGGAUCCACCAACUCCGGCUUAUCAGGAGAUGGUUUCGGGCCGGACUCCGAAAUCCGGGAAUUUAAAAUCCGGAUUUACGGGGAAAAGCCCGAAAUCGGGGACUCCGAUUCAAGGAGGAGGUAUGGAUUUAGAAGAAGAGGACGAUCCGUUUUCGGAAGAGGAUUUACCGGAAGGUUACAAGAAGGAGAAACUAUGCAUUUGGGUUUUUAUGGAAUGGAUUUUUCUGAUUCUGAUCAUUGCUGGUUUGAUUUGUAGCCUAGUGAUACCUUUCUUGCGUAGCAAGAAACUAUGGAACCUAGAUUUGUGGAAAUGGGAAGUGAUGGUUCUUGUGUUGAUUUGUGGUAGAUUGGUUUCGAGUUGGAUAGUGAAGAUAUUCGUCUACUUCGUCGAAAGCAAUUUCCUUUUGAGGAAAAGAGUUCUGUAUUUCGUAUACGGGAUUCGAAAGGCGGUACAGAAUUGUCUAUGGCUAGGGCUCGUGUUGAUCGCGUGGCAUUUCUUGUUCGACAAGAAAGUCGAAAGAGAGACUCGAAGUACAGUGCUUCAGUAUGUGACUAAAGUUUUAGUCUGUUUACUUGUUGGUGUUAUCAUCUGGCUCAUAAAAACCUUACUGGUUAAAGUUCUUGCUUCUUCUUUCCAUAUGAGUACUUACUUCGAUCGAAUUCAAGAAUCGUUGUUUACUCAAUACGUGAUCGAGACACUCUCGGGACCCCCUCAGAUUGAGAUUCAUAUAGAAGAAGAUAAAGUAGCAAACGAUGUAAAGACCUUAGAGUUGGCUGGAGCUAAGCUAUCUCCUCCUGGUCCAAUGGCGGUUUCUCCUUCGCCAAAAGUAACCGUUGGAAGUGGAAGGUUACAAAAGAGUCCGACCAGAAUCGGGAAAAGUCCGGUGCUUUCGCGGUCUGGUUCUAAGAAAGAAGGAGAAAACGAUGGAAUAAGGAUCGAUCAUUUGCAGCGAAUGAACACGAAAAAUGUAUCCGCUUGGAAAAUGAAGAGACUGAUGAAUGUCAUAAGAAAAGGAACUCUUUCUACUUUGGAUGAACAGAUACAAGACACAACGACUCAGGAAGAUGAUAAAGCUACACAGAUAAGAAGCGAAUUCGAAGCAAAACUCGCAGCGAGGAAGAUUUUUCAGAAUGUUGCUGAGCCUGGAUCAAGGUACAUAUAUAUCGAAGAUUUUAUGCGUUUUCUGUCUGAAGAUGAGUCUGAAAGAGCAAUGAGUCUCUUUGAAGGAGCUUCUGAGAGUCACAAAAUCAGCAAAUCUUGUUUGAAGAAUUGGGUGGUUAAUGCGUUUAGAGAACGAAGAGCACUAGCUUUAACUUUAAACGAUACAAAAACAGCAGUGAACAGGCUUCAUCGGAUCGUCGAUGUAUUGGUCAGCAUUGUGAUCAUAAUCAUCUGGCUACUCAUCCUCGGAAUCGCUACAACUAAGUUCUUGCUCGUCAUUAGCUCUCAGCUUCUUCUUGUAGUGUUUGUGUUUGGAAAUUCAUGCAAAACCAUCUUUGAAGCUGUCAUUUUCGUCUUCGUUAUGCAUCCGUUUGAUGUCGGUGACCGGUGUGAAAUAGACGGUGUCCAGAUGGUUGUGGAAGAGAUGAACAUUUUGACUACUGUCUUUCUUCGAUUCGAUAAUCAAAAGAUCGUAUAUCCGAACAGUCUUCUCGGGACAAAAGCUAUCGCUAACUAUUACCGUAGUCCCGAUAUGCAAGAUACCAUUGAGUUCUUUGUCCACAUAGCAACUCCACAUGAAAAGAUAACCGCCUUGAAACAGAGGAUACUCAGCUAUGUAGAUAACAAGAAGGAUCAUUGGCAUCCAUCGCCGAUGAUUGUGUUUAGAGAUAUGUGUGGAUUGAACAGUGUGAAGAUCGCGAUGUGGCCAACGCAUAAAAUGAAUCAUCAAGAUAUGGGAGAGAGAUUUGUGAGGAGAGGUCAAUUACUUGAAGAUAUUGGUAAAUCUUGCAGAGAAUUGGAUAUCGAAUAUCGGUUAUAUCCUCUUAACAUCAACAUCAAAAGCAUUCCUCCUACUCCUACUCCGAUCACUUCUGAUCGCGUUCCACCGAGCUGGAAUCAAAACCGAAAUGCUUAA